AUUUAUAUAUUUCAGCAGUUUAUGCUUAGUCAUGAUAAAAUAAAUAGCCACAGGUUAUCAGCGACUUUAUCACUUAACAAGAUACUAAGGAUCGUCUAACAUUCUAAAAAGAACUCCUCUUUUUACUCGAUGUGAAAUCUAAUCACAAUCAACAGCUAUUAUUUGGAACAACGCCAAAUUUAUCUAUUCCUUGUUUGGGUUAAUAAAAAAGCCUGUUUAUAUACCUCUAUUUCCUCUCGUAAAACACUAACGUCGUUCUGCUUGAAGAAUUCUUAAAGUAAAAUUGAUAGACAGUUUAUUUCUGUCUAGAGAAGGUAUUAAAUUCUGAAAAUAUCAAAGUGUUAAAUUUUUGAAAACAAUUAAGUAAACCUGUAAAUUUUUUAUAAGAUCAAAACAAAAUGGCUAUUACCUUGUAUGAAAUGGCAGUAAGUCCACCAUGCAGAGCUGUUCUCAUGGUAAUUCGACAUUUAGGAAUAGAAGUCAAUCGCAAACAUCUCAAUUUACUCACAGGUGAUCAUUUAAAACCUGAAUUUGUGAAGCUAAACCCUUUACACCAAGUUCCAGUUCUUGAUGAUAAUGGUUUUGUUCUUAGUGAAAGCCGUGCCAUCCUCACCUAUCUGUGUAAUAAAUAUGCUCCAGACAGUUCCCUGUAUCCUAAAGAUCCAAAGGUUAGAGCCAUUGUAGACAGGAUGCUUUAUUUUGACUCCGGUACUCUUCAUAUGACACAAAAAGCCGUUACCAGACCAAUAAUGUUAACAGGGAAAUCUGCAGGCGAAGAGCAACAUGAAGCUUAUCGAAAUGCACUGAGAUUCUUUGAAGAAUUCCUUUCAAGAACUUCUUACGCUGCUGGAAAUCAUAUCACUCUUGCAGAUUAUUCUAUCUUUGCCACCCUCACAAUGGCUGAGGCAUUUAAAAUUAAAUUUGACGACUAUCCCAAGGUUUCAGCUUGGAUGGAAAAAUUAAAAUCUGAAGUACCUUCACACAAGGAACUAAAUGAAGAGCCACUACAACAAUUAAAAGAAUAUAUGAAAUCUAAAAAUUACAUUUAGCAACUUUGUUCAAAGAUAGGCAUUCUUUUCAAAAAAUAAGAAGCUAUUCCUUUUUUGUUCCUACAUUUGAUAUACUUGAAAUUGUAAUUUAAUUUGCUAAAUAAAGUUCCACAAUUUAUUGUAA